AUGUUUCCUUCCAAGAAAUUUGAUCUUGCUGCAGAUUCAGAUAAUCCUUCUUCUAAACUCCAAAUAAAUGAUCAACAGGAGCCCUUUUUCAGCGAUUUCGGAGAUUCAGAUAAUUGUUAUGUCGAUUUUGCUUCUCCAGCUUUUCAUGUUUUCGUAAAGAAUACCAAAGAUUCACCAUUUCCAACCAGAUCAAGAAAAUUGAAUGCUGAAAAGAUUCUGGUUCCAACCCAAAAUCCUGACAAAAAACUGUCGACUAACGCAAUAAUUCGAUUGGCUUGCCAACGGUUUGUCGAAUCUUGUUCUUCGAAAAAUGAUCAAAUUUCGUGUUCUGCAUUAUCGGAUGAUGAAGUUAAAGAUAUUGAACUUGUGCAUACUCUUCUUACUUCAGUUGAGAAAACCGGCCAACGACAGUUUGAUUGCGCAACCAAACUCGUUGAAUUAUGCAAUAAUGUAUCUACGACUGAAGGAAAUCCGGUCGAACGAUUGGUUUACUACUUCUCCAAAGCUCUUCAUGAGAAAAUAAACCGAGAAAUGGGAAGAGUAGAGUGCGAUGGACUUGGAAAUAUGCAGAUGUUUGAUCUUCAAGAAGCGUCGACAAGUGUAGAAGCGAGCAUUUUCGCAUUUCACCAGCGGGUUCCGUUGCCGCAGGUUUGCCAAUUUAUUGCUAUUCACAUGAUCAUUGAAAAUGUAAGGGAAGCAACAAAAAUUCACGUAAUCGAUCUCCAGAUCAGGCACGGGAUGAUAUAUACAGUUUUGUUGAAAGCUCUGGCGAGUCAGUGUGAAUCGCAUAUCGAGCAUAUCAAGAUAACUGCUAUCGGUACAAGAGCAGAAUCAAAGAUAAAAGACAUUGGUAAACAACUUGCUGAUUUUGCAGAAUCGAUUAACUUGUCAUUUAGUUUCAAGAUGGUUAUGAUAGCAGAUGUGCUCGAUUUCAACAUCAACCUCCUUGAAAUUGAUGAUGAUGAAACAGUUGCCGUCUACUCGUCGUGCUUUUUAUCGAGUUUGAUCGCAAAACCAAACCAUCUCGAAUAUCUUAUGCGAGUGAUUCGAAAAAUUAAUCCUUGUGUAACAGUAAUCACCGAAGUUGAAGCAAACCAUACUUCAUUGGCUUUUGUGAAACGUUUCACCGAAGCUCUUUUCUUCUAUGGUGCACUUUUCGACAUCAUGUCGUAUUGUUUGGCUAACGAUGAUCGGGACCGAAAGGUUUCAGAGUCUGUGUUGUAUGGUCAAUCUAUACGUAAUAUUGUUGCGGCUGAAGGAGAUGAACGAACAAUUCGACACAUUGGUGUUGAUGUUUGGAGGGAGUUUUAUGCGCGAUUCGGAAUGUUGGAAAUCGAAUUGAAUGAUGCGUCGUUAUUUGAAGCAAAGUUGCUGAUUAGCAACUUCGAUUGCGGGAGUUGUUGUUCGAUUCGUGUUGAUGGAGGAUGUUUGCUCAUCGAUUGGAAAGACGUACCGAUCUUCUCUGUUUCCGCUUGGAAGUUUCUAUAA